CCCAUCGGCAUCUACAUUGCUUUGUGGCUGGAUCCAGUCGGAAUGGCAGAAGAACUUGACAUCCAUGCGGUGCUUACUGCUGCGCAGGCCAUGACACCUAGAAAAUAUCUAGGAUACGUCCACGUCGUCAGAGACUUCCCCUUGCCAUCGCGACCAUGGCAUCGAUGCCACAUCCGCUUCGUAGGAGAGGGCAUGCCAGAGGAACAACCCGAGAAAGGCAUCCUUUCGGACAUGUGUACGCCCAUCGAGCCCACCACUGCACAUCCCGCAGGCCGCCGUGAACCACUUCAUCCUUCCAGACUGUUCCCGUAUCCGAACUGCUACCAACAUCAUUUUAUUGACAAACUCGUGCGAGUCCCUACUCAUAUCAUUCAAUACGACAAUUGCGUGAGGUUGCGUCCCCGAGAGAUGAGGAGACACAUGAAUUACGAGAAUGGUGACUGGGUAAUACGUAGAGCGCUUGUCAAGGAUAUGGAAGCAGAUCGAGAGGUAUGGAGUCCAGAGAUCAUAGUUCCUCACGAUGAGGAGAAUCCUGGUGUUCCACCUGCGAUGGAAGUAGACGAUGAAGAAAAUGCCGCCGACACCGCUGGCCAUAAGGAAUCAGUCCAGGAAGAUGGAGACGACAGUGGAGAUCCCCCAGAUCUCAUGCAAGCUCUGGCCAUCGUAAUGACCGCGGGCGACAGGCUCAACAUGGACAUCGAUACCCUGCCCCUUGUUCGUAUCUCACUGGAUCUUACCGAGGGCGGCAAAUUUGAAGACCCUCGCGGCUUCCUGAAAGAAGUCGCUGCUAUGACUGAGUGCGAAAUAGUUUGA